AAAUACACACUCACUUUCACUCACUUUCCAUUUCUCCCUCACUCCUUUCCUAAAACCCUAAACAAAAAUGGAGCAUCCAUUCUUCAUCAACACCACCAACAACAACAACCCACAAACAACCCGACCCGAAGCCAUACGUUGGCUUUCAAUCUCCGAAAAACUCUUAACAAACCGUGACUUAAUCGGAUCCAAAUCAUUCGCAACCCGUGCCCGUGAAUCCGACCCGACAUUAUCACCCGCUACUGACCAAAUCUUAACCAUCGUCGAUACCUUAAUCGCCGGCGAUAAACGUAUUAACAAUCACCAUUUUGAUUAUUACUCAAUCCUUCAAAUCCCUAAUAAUCAAACCCAAAAUUCUGAUUUCAUUAAUGAACAAUAUCGGAGAUUUAAUCUUCUUCUUAAUCCUCAGAAUAAUAGUUUUCCAUUUGCAGAUCAAGCUUUUAGGUUAAUUGUUGAUGCCUUUUCAGUUCUUUCUAAUCCUUUAAGGAAAAGCAUGUAUGAUAAAGAACUGGGUUUCUUUGUUAAUCUUUAUCCAGUUGCUUCUACGACAACGAAUUUUGUGCAGCAUAAUGUUUAUUCCAAUGACAAUGCUAAUGCACACCAAGUGUUUGUGAAUAUGCCUACUCAAGAUCAAGGGGAUAAUCAAGGGUCACAUACUGCUGGAGUAAGCUUUAGUAGGGAUCCACAAGCUGGAAUUUCUAUGCCAAUGACAUUUCUAACUCGUGAACAAGAAACUGUGACAUCUAUGGCAAGCUCGGACAUUGAGCAGCAGCAACCUCAACAAUCUGUAACAUUUAUGAGACAACAACAUACACAACCUGUGACUUCUAUCUCAUUUUCGAACACAGAUGAACAACCUGCGACAUUCUUGAGUUUGAACCAACCACAGCCGGUAACCUCUGUGAGAAGCUUAAAUAGAGAAAACCCACCAUUUGGUAUCGGGUUGAGCUCGACACAAGGGCGAGAACCUGCGGUGGUUUCUGCAGAGCAGCAUGGGAAUCAACAGCCCCCGGAGACGGCGAGAAAUGAGAAUGUGGUGGGGAACAAUGGAAAUAAGUCUGCAAGUACUAGUGAUAAUGUGAAGGAGAAAGAAGGGAAUGCAGAUGCAUCAGGUGAGAGGAUACCCAGUUUCUGGACUGCAUGUCCUUAUUGUUAUAUUAUGUAUGAGUACUCUUUGGAUUAUACUGAUUGUACUUUGAGGUGUCAAAAUUGUAAGAAGGCUUUUCAAGCUGUAAAAAUUGCAUCGCCGCCUCCAAUUAUUGAUGGAAAAGAAAUUAAUUUUUGUUGUUGGGGAUUUAUGCCUUUCGGAUUGUCUUUGAAGGAUUUUGACAGAAAUAUAGAUAAUGAUUCAAGCUGGUCUCCAUUUUCGUCCAUGUUUACUUGUCCACGAUUUGGGGGGAAUGGAGGGAGUCAUGUAAACAAUCAUGCUGUUGGAGGACAGAGUAAUGCGAAUAAUCUUGGCAGUUCGCAUAAUGCUGGUGGAUCGAUAAGUGGGGGUGGACGAAAACAUUUUGCUCCGAGAAUAUAUGUUGAUGAUGAUGAUGAUGAUGUGUUUGUUGAGGUUUCGGAGUCAGAUGAGGAGUGGAAUCGGAAUAAGGAGAGGAAGAAAGCAAAGAAUGGGAAGCGGAAGAGUGCAAGGACUGGAACCCCAAGUAAAAAUGCCAAGAAACAGCAAGCUGAUAAGGCGAACUCCGUUGAAGGGCAUAAUGAUGUCAAUUUACAAGAUAGCUUAGCAACUCAAGGUGGUGUAGAAAUGUCCCAUGUUGAAACAGUUGAGUCAAGUAAAAGAGGUGUGGCAAGUAAGACACGAAGGCAACCUGGGAGGGUUGCAAAACACUUCGGCAAUUUAGAUUUGAAUGUGGAGUUCAGUAAUGAGGUUGAAGAUCCCAUAGUUCAGAUUGGCCGAGAAAAUGAAGCAGGAGAGGAUGAUACUGUUGAAGUAAUUGGGUUUUUUGAAGGUCUUGAUGAAUUCCUUAGCAGUCUUCCUAUACUCAAUGCUGUGGAUGGUGAUAAGGUAGAGGCUGCCUAGCGAAGUAAGACACUUCUGUUGUUGUAGUUGUAGUUGUAGCUAUAAUUUUCUUCUGUAUGGUGUAGUUAAGACUGGUGUAGAAUUACUCGAGGCACUUGCAUUGAUGUUCCUAUUGUAAUGCUAAUUUAUUGGCAUUAUCUUCCGAAGUAGCUGCAGUAAGCAGUUUACUACUUCUAUCUCCAUGCUUCUUGAGUAAUCCUUUUAUUAGUAAUCAUAGUUUUCUUUAUCUUGCUUA